AUGUCAGGCAAUGUUGGAAUUCCAAUUUCAUUGUUCAUUUUCGUGGGGCUCCUAGCAUUUGCAAUCUCCUACGAGGGUUGGGAUUGCGGACGACUUAUCGAUGAUAAAUGCCGAACGCUUUCAACAAAAUAUAGCGUGAUCCUUUGGGUUAUUUGUGCAGCAGGCAUCCUCGCAUUACUUGGAGCAAUACUUUAUUCUGUCUACAUUUCCAAUGAAUCAAACGGUCUCAGAAUUGCCGGCAUCGUGUUUGCUGUUGUAGCAGCAUGCUGUGCCAUUGCUGUCAUCCUCUAUUACUACAUUGAUACGCCAACUAUCUCGUCAAAGAGUUGGGGCCAUCUUAUUACUAUGUUCGCUUCUGGUUUGGGUUUGGGAGUUAUAUUAAGUCUUCUUGGUACCCUCUGUGAAGAUAUUCUAUGA